GAUACAAUUGCCUGGGUCUGGGUCAGGGUCAGGGUGUGAUGAGUGGUGGGGAAUUGUUUUGUGCAUUGUUUUUAAACCCACCGAGGAGCGUAAUCAUGAUUACCAACUGGACUAUCUCUUUGAAGUGGAUGAAUGCCUAAUGACUUAUUACGCAUUUGGACUUGGAGACCCUACUUUUUUUAUUAAAAUUACGGCAGAAUAUGGAGGGGAAUGGUCUCGUACAUAUUAUACGUCAGAAUAUGUUAAAGUGGAAUCGCAUCAUCUUUGGCUACAUAGUCUGUCCAAGGAAUGUUUACUUCCAACAGAGAUUGAUAAUAAGCGAUUCCAUGAAGUUGAGCUUGAAAUAGAGACCGGGCGCAUGGAGGUGGAGAAAAUUGGGCUUCGUGUGGUAUAAAAGCAAGACAUUGAAGAUCCCAAUUGAGAUGCUUUCUUCAGUUGGUGAUGAAAUCUAGGGUUUGAAGAUCCCAACCAAAAUAUGCGAAGCCCAUGAUGAGGAUGAGGAUGAUGGGGAAUUCUUUUCUUCACUUCUUUUACCUAAAUUUACAAAAGACACCUUGCCUUGUUCAGAUGUUGAUUUUCCUCAAUGAUUUGCACACCUACGUAUAAUUGAAGUUAGAUAAACGAAGGCCUGUUUGUUCUUUCUCUAAAAGGAGCAGCAAUAGAAGUGUUCCCAUCAUCCGUUGGACGUUUGACUGCCCUUCAGGAGUUAAAUCUAAGUGAUUGCAAAAAUCUUGUGUCUUCCUAGCAACAUUUGUAGUUUGAAGAUGCUAAAAAAUCUUCAUCUUUUUGAAUGCUCAAAAUUUGUCAACUUGCCAGAGAAUCUAAGGAAUCUUGAAAGCCUGUUUAAUCUUUCUCUAAGAGGAAUAGCAAUAGAAUUGUUGCCAUCUUCCGUUGGACGUUUGACUGCCCUUCGGCAUUUGAAUUUAAGUGAUUGCGAAAAUCUUUUGUGUCUUCCUGAAAGCAUCUCCCAACUCUCUAGAAUUACAAGGCUCAACUUGGAUGGUUGCAAGAGGCUUCGAUGGUUACCAGAUAUUCGGUCACAAGAUUGUAAUAUAAAUGUAAACAACUGUACCACACUGGAGAGAUUCCCAGAAAGCCCAAAAAAUUGUCCCUUCUGGUGUCGUCACUUUGAUUUCUGUGUCGCGUGUGUCAAUUGCUUCAAUAUUCAAUUCUGUGUCAAGGGACUAACAAGUGGUAAAUUAGUGGGGAGAUUACCUUACGUUCUUCCUGUAAAACAAAUUCCAAAUGGAUUUGAAAAGGCCAACAUACGUGAUAGUUCAGUUUUGGCAUCUCCAAGUUUCCACAGAUGCGAUUAUUCAGUGAACAUGCAAUUGCCACGGUCGGGGUUUGAUGAGUUGUGGGCAAUUCUUUUGUGCGUUGUUUUUGUACCCUGCGAGCAUUAUAAUCACUCACAUUAUCUGAUUGAAAUCAAAUCGAAUAAAGUAUGGUUUCAACGUAUUGCGUCAGAAUAUGGUAAAAUUGAAUCGCAUCACCUUGCGCUGAGCCUGCACUAUUUGAAUUUCUUCGAUCUGGAAACCCCUGGCUGGUCUAUUGAUGAGAAGGGAUUCCAUGAAGUUGAGUUUACAAGCUACCGGGAGCGUGGAGGUGGAGACAGUAGGGUUCCGUUUGUUAAACAAGCAAGACAUCACAUCAAAGACUCGGAUGAUUGGGAGAACACUAGGAUGAUGGGACAUGGGCAUAGAUUGUGAGGAAUCCAGUCAAGGAGAUUUUUUUUCCUCAUCUUUUACCUGGUUAUCGGCGUGUUCACCUGACAAACCAUGGAUUUGGAGAGUAGAAAUCAUCCAGUCACUAACAAGAUGCUGAAUGAGAAAAAACAGUCAAUGAUCAUAGGUUACUCUUAAAAAGCAAUAUGUGUCAAAUCUUGAAAACAAGAGAAUUGAUCUCUUUGAUCGUGGCACCAAAGGAUGUGGGGAAGAUAAUGUCUUGCUAGCACCGUAUGAAGUUACCGUGGAUGGCUGCUAUUUGCUGGUGCAAGUAACUCUUUAAAACCCUAUGCUCUUGGCCAAAUUGAUGGCUUUAAUGAUAUUUUGAUGAUUUUUUAGUUUUUUUAUUUUUAUUUUUGAGAAUUCUUUUUAUACAAUUUAGUGAGUGCACAAAAACACACAUGAUAAGUUAAGAUAGAAAUGAUAAUAUGAAAAAACCACUCUCCUUGACAUUGUGAAAUCAGUGUCACAGUAGUAUUGUGUCUAAAGUUAUUUGUUAACAUCUACCUUUUUUAUGGUUCAGAAAUUGUAAAUUGCUGCUUCUAAAGUAACCAAUGCUUUGCUUUAAGUUUAAUCGGGAAUCAUGCCCUAUUUUUUAUAUAUUUCAUAUCAAUAUAUGUUGCUUCAAGUACUUUAUAGUUUAUAUGUUAAAUGUUUCUCAUUUAUGAAGUAUAUUUAAUGCUAAGGCAGUGGCUAUAUGCAUGCUGCCAUGAGAAAUCAACAGCUAAUAGAUAAUGGAAACCGGAUAUGGAUGAGACUGAUCAAGCCAUUGGGGGUUAAAAGGGGUAGGAUUAUCUCUCAUGAUCAUUUUGUGAGGAAAUUAGUUUUAUUUAUUUUGGUGAGUUGAAAAGGGGUAAGUUUUGUAGGCUAUUUUGAAGUGUGAUCAUUAUUUCCUCUCAUUCUCCUCUAUUUCCUCAUAGAAGGUUACAGGUGGAAUUGUAUCUUGUAUUUCUAAAACGUACUAGUUUUUUUUGCUCUGCCUUGAACAUCAUUUGCACUAGUUUGCAUCAAGACCUGAACAAAUUAUGGAAUGUUUAUUUUGAAGUGUAUCAUUAUUUCCUAUCAUUCUUCUCUAUUUCCUUGUAGAAGGUUAUAGGUGGAAUUUUAUCUUGUAUUUCUAA